UCGCGCAUCAAAUGGGUUAGAAUAGUACACAUAUUUCUUCUCAUAUCGACCGUACAGCGAGCAGUAUGUUUUGAUCUUGAUUGCAAGAAGAUUUGCACAAAGGACUGCCACAUAGACAAUUAAACCGCGGAGCCUACUUGAAGACCUCAUCCACGAGUCGAGUUCAUCUAAUCCAUUAUCUAUAAACAUGUGCUAAUUAUGAUCGCCUGUCAAACUAUAGGUCAUUACUAAAAUACUGCUGUCCUGGUCUACCCAUCAUGGUGGAUCCGACAGGACAGGCUGUGCAUUCUCAUUAGUACCCGCAUGGCCAUUUGCCUUCAUUCUCUUCCGCACCCAACUUGCCCGCUACGCCGGAUCAGGACGGGACAUAUUAUAUUUGGUACUGCCCCAGGCCGCAGACCCUACCGUACGAGUAUCUGUAUCCUUCACCGGGCUACCAAAUCAGAUGGGGACAGCAGCGGUCGCAGGAUCAUUCAAUUGAUUGGUUGGACACUAGUCGCUUCGGCGAAACGACCUAUCAUGCUUUGGCGCGAGUACGCUGACCUAUAAUGCCCAACGCCGACUUGCCUAAUCUUGUUCCUCUUGACCCUUCGCCCGUCAUUAUGGACUCAAUUAUGUCUCGACCUCUCGUCUCGACGCUGUUCGCUGCCGACGGCUUUCAGCUCGCCUCUCUGUCUGCUCUUUUAGUGACUGUCCUUGUCUUCGUUCGCUUCAGCAAGAGGAAUCCGAGCAAUCCUCAGAACCUACCGCUGCCACCGGGCCCACGGGGUUUGCCUGUCCUCGGAAAUUUGCUUCAGAUUCCCUCUGAACAUUAUUGGCUGAAGUUCGAUGAAUGGAUUCGUGAAUACGGCCCCAUCGUUUCCAUCAACCUCGCGGGCAAGCCCGUUAUUAUCUUGGGAACGCCGAAGGUCGCCGCGGAAUUGUUUGACCGCCGAUCCGCCAUCUACAGUGAUAGACCUCGCUGGGUGCUUGCGUACGAGAUUCUCGCGAAAGGUAUGCAUGCUGGCGUGAUGCCUUAUGGCGAUAAACUUCGUCGAUUCCGCAAGGCCAUUCACGCAGGUCUUCAACCGCGUGCUUUGGCAUCCUACCACCCCAUCGAAGAGCGCGAAGCCCGCAUCUAUCUGAAGGAGGUUUCCAAGAAUCCCACAGACUUCCGUAACAGCGUGAAACGAUUUACUGGUGCUGUAAUCAUGUCGACCACGUACGGUCACACGGUCACCACUUUCAAAGAUGACAAGUUCGUUAGAAGGAUCUUCGCCUCCGCGGCUCGUUUUGCAGGAUCUUUGGCACCGGGUGAAUUCAUGGUCGAUGUCUUCCCUUGGCUGUGGUAUAUUCCGUCUUGGGUACCUGGCGCGGGAUGGAAGAAGAAAGCCGCGAAAUGGGCUCAAGAAGAUCACGAAUUGUUUUCUACCAUGCGUGAGGCUGCUCGGGCGAAUGGUGACAAGCAAAAGUCCUUCAUCUCUGAGGGUCUCUCCAACGCGUACGGCGUCAACGAGGAAGAACUUGCGUAUAUCGGAGGAACCAUCUCCCAGACUCCCGAUACGCUCAUGAGUGUCUCAUCUUGCUUCAUGCUUGCUAUGGUUCGCUGGCCAGAGAUUCAGAAGAGAGCUCAAGCUGAGAUCGACAGUGUGGUGGGCAGAGGUCGUUUCCCUACCUAUGCGGACCAGCCCAAUCUGCCAUACGUUACCGCCGUCGUAAAGGAAACUUGCAGGUGGCGGCCUGUUGCACCCCUUUCAGUUCCUCAUGCUUCGACACAGGAUGAUGUCUACGAAGGCUACUUCAUCCCUGCCGGGACCACAGUCAUCAGCUCUAUCUGGUCCAUCCAUCGCGAUCCGGAGACCUAUCCAGACCCCGAUUCCUUCAACCCCGAACGGUUCAUCGACGAGCACGGCAAUGAGAAGAAUACCAAGGAGAGCAAAGCGUUCGGCCAUCAUCUUUACGGUUUCGGCAGGCGACUCUGCCCCGGCGCAACGAUGGCUGACCAAGCCGUCUGGGUGUUCGCCUCUCACAUUCUUUGGGCUCUCAACCUUGAUCGCGAGAAGGAUGAGUUCGGGAAGGAGAUCGUCCCUGAUGUUAGUCCGCUGAUGUUCACCUCUGGUGGCGAGGCUUCCCACCCUCUCCCAUUCAAGUGCAAGAUUUCGGUCAGGCCUGGUGUGGAUGAUUUCUUGGAUGAAAUAGAGCUGCCUACAGCGAUCUAGAGAUCUAUCUGAGCCUGUUUACCACGGUCUUCAUCCCCGAAUGCUGUAUGUGCGAUUGGAGCUCCGAUUUAUUGUAUUUCGUCCGCCAGUAUAUUGUAGGCUGUUGCUAUUUAUUCUCUUUGUAACGAUGUUUGUCGUAGCACGAGACGAAUGAGCGCACUUGGAAGCC